ACAUUCACGGUUAAAUUUUGAUCACUUAAUUACAAAAGAACGCGUGACCACCAAAUGUUCUAAUUAGGCCAUCAAUGACCACCAAACGACCACCAAUCGAUUGGGUAUAAUGAAACGUUAAAAAGUUAAAGUUGUCCGGCUAACUUCACAGAGGUUGGUCACUAGGGGCCCUGAGUCAGGGCCCCUGACUGCUUUCAGCACUCUUUAGCACCCCGUGAACAUUGGUGAACAUGGCUGCUAUACGGAAUAGUUUGUCAACAUUUACAAAUAUUCUUUCAAAAACCACAAACUUUACAUUGUGCGGUUUUCAGCAAGUACGCAAUAAAUAUAUUAAUCGAUGGAUGAUUCGUGAUAUGAAACGAAGAAAGCUAGCAGAAGAACAUGCACCGAUGCGACUCCGAUUAGUUGCUAUGAAAAGAAAUAAUAUUUUACCGCAGGAAAUUCAAAAUCUCGUUAGCAAACAAAUAGAUGAGACAAUACCUCGUCAGUCUGCUCUGAGACAAUUAAGAAACCGUUGCAUAUUAACUUCUCGUGGAAACGGUGUAGUUCUUAGGUGGAGACUAUCAAGAAUUAUGUUUCGCCACUUAGCAGACUAUAAUAAAUUAAGUGGCAUACAACGUGCUAUGUGGUAGACUUUUUUAUAUAUUAAGAAUAUAUAUGAUAAUAGUUCAAUAUGUAAUACCAUUGUAUAAUACUUCAAAUGUAUUAGAGUAUGAAAAUAUUAAAUAAAGUAAUAAA